AUGAUUCCUGGAUACAUACUUUUGAUGAUUUUAUUAAUUUCUCAGUUUAAAGAAAAAAUAAUCCUUGGAGUAAAUGGUCAAGAACUAGUUUAUCUUAAAAGGCUACCUCUGGUGCACAAGCGAGAUGUGGAGCACAUGCAUGAUUCUGGCAUACAGGAAGCCUAUGAAGAAGAAUUGAUGUAUGAACUAGUGCUAAACAGGAAAACCAUAAUCCUUCACCUUGUAAGAACAAGAGAACUCCUAUCCUCAAAUUACAGUGAAAUCUACUCUUCCACAAAAGGAGAGAUGAUUCGGCAUCCUCAAAUCACGGAACAUUGUUUUUACCAAGGAUCCAUCACACAUGUAGUAGAUUCUGCGCUCAGUAUCAGUACAUGUAAUGGUCUGAGGGGAUUCUUCAGGCUGAAAGAACAAAGGUACCUCAUUGAACCGGUGAAAUACACAGAUGAAGGCGAGCAUUUGGUGUUCAGAUAUAACCCGAAGGUGCAUUAUGCCGCCAAUUAUUCCUGCACGGAGCUCAAUUUUACCAAGAACGCGGUCCCAAAUACUAAGUCUAUGCAAAACAAAAUGGAAUAUCGCAGGAAUAAUCAUCCUUAUGAUAAACUAAGGAACCGGAUUUUGGGAAUGGUCAAUUUUGUCAAUAUGAUUUACAAAACAUUGAACCUUUAUGUGACAUUGGUUGGGUUUGAAGUGUGGACAAAUGAAGAUAAAAUCAAAGUAGAUGCAAACAUAGAAACCACUUUGUCAAGUUUUUCAUCUUGGCAAGAAACAGUCCUUAAAAAGAGGGGGACAUUUGAUCACGUUGUGUUGCUCAGUGGGAAAUGGCUCUACACAAAUGCACAAGGAACUUCUUAUCCAAGGGGUAUGUGCCUGCCCUAUUACUCUUCCAGUGUCGUGAAGGUAGGCUAUGUUUCAUUUAUUUUACUUGAACUCCGCAGAGAGAUUCAAUUAAAUUUCUAUAACUCCCAAUGUCUGAUUAAAGGGGGCAUCCCUGCAUUAAAAUUUAGCAAAUGCAGCAAAAACCAAUACCUGACUUACCUGAAGGAUCAUAAACCGCCAUGCCUUAUGGAAGUUGCAUUUUCUGAUCAAUUCACUGAUUUCCCAUAUUGUGGAAACAAGAAGUUGGAUGAAGGAGAGGAGUGUGACUGUGGCUCCAUUCAGGAAUGUGCUAAUUCUUGCUGCGAUGCAGAAAAAUGUAUGUUGAAGCCAGGAUUUACUUGUGCAGAAGGAGAAUGCUGCAAAUCUUGUCAGCUGAAAGAAGCAGGGGCCAUGUGCAGACCAGCAAGAGAUGAGUGUGAUUUUCCUGAAGUGUGUACUGGCCACUCCCCUAGGUGUCCUAAAGAUCAAUUCCAAGAAAAUGGAUCUCCUUGCAAGAAUUCGGAAGGCUACUGCUUCAUGGGGAAAUGUCCCACCCGGGAUGAGCAGUGCUCCGAAUUGUUUGAUGAUGAGGCAAAAGGAAGUCAUGAUAUCUGUUACGAAAUGAAUAGAAAUGGAAAUGCAUAUGGAUACUGCAAAACCACAAAAAGCAGCUUUGUUUCCUGCAAAGAGAGCGAUGUCAAAUGCGGGAAGAUCUACUGCACAGGAGGAAAGCACUCCCCUCACUGGGGAGAAGAUAAGAUCUACCGCCUUCAAGUUCCAAAGAAGAAUGCUACCAUUGAAUGCAAAACCUUCUUUUUUUACCAAAAUGCUAAUGAUGUGGGCCUGGUUGCUCCUGGAACAAAGUGUGGAGAAGGAAUGGUGUGCCACCAUGGUGAAUGUGUCUGCAUCAAAGACGUCUACAAUGCCACCAAUUGCUCCUUCCAGUGCAAUGAAAAUGCCGUGGAUGGUCAUGAAGUGGAUUGCCAGUGUGAAGAACAAGGGUCUCUAGACUGGGAAGAAACCUUAAAUGUUACCAAUAUCAUCAUCCUGGUUGUGGUUCUUGUGCUAGUUGUUGUCGGUGUUGGGGUUGUCAUAUUAUUAAUUCGUUACCAAAAAUGUAUUACGUUGAAGCAAGUCCAGAGCCCACCUGGAGAUAUACAUGGAGUAGAGAAUAAAGCAUACUUUGGUGAUGAGCCACAGACAAGAAAUGAUCCAGCCUUACCGGAUAUCCAUCCCCUACACGUAAGGAGUAUUAAUUUGUAA